AUGGCUCCAGCACUUUGUGCCAAUGGUUGUGGUUUCUACAGCUCUGCUGCAACCAACAAUUUUUGUUCAAAAUGCUACCAAGAUCACUUGAAGGAACACUGUACUUUUGAGACGACUCCUAUUGAUGAUUUGGGUGAUAUCUGUGCUAGUCUUACUGCUAUUAGAAUUCGAGUCACAGAGACCAAGAUGGAGACAGAGUCUACAACUACAAGCAUAAGGAAGAAGACAAAUAGGUGCAAGAGUUGCAACAAAAAAGUUGGACUAACGGGGUUCGAGUGUCGAUGUGGGGAUGUGUUUUGCGGUAGACAUAGGUAUCCAGAAGAACACUCAUGUGAAGUAGAUUUUAAAAAGAUAGGUCGCCAAGUUUUGGCGAAACAAAAUCUCAAAUGCAUUGGUGAUAAAUUAGAAUAUAGGGUUUAG